GGCGCGUGCGGGAGGGCGCACCGAUCCGUAGGGGCUGCGGUAUUUGGGGGGGUUCCCUCCCCGGUAAGAGGGGCGGGGGUCCCGGAGCAGGGGAGGAGGGAGACAAGACCGUUUCAGCCGCAGGACAAGGCCGCCGCCUCGCGCGGGCGCGUCACGUGAUCCAAUAUGCACGGGGGGCCGCCCUCCGGGGACAGCGCGUGCCCGCUGCGCACUAUCAAGCGCGUGCAGUUCGGCAUCCUCAGCCCUGAUGAGAUGAAACGGAUGUCAGUGACGGAGGGGGGGAUCAAGUACCCUGAGACAACAGAAGGGGGCCGCCCCAAGCUGGGGGGCUUGAUGGACCCCCGUCAGGGAGUGAUUGAGAAGACAGGCCGGUGCCAGACAUGUGCAGGGAAUAUGACCGAGUGUCCAGGCCACUUCGGGCACAUCGAGCUGGCCAAACCAGUCUUUCAUGUGGGCUUCUUGGGCAAGACCAUGAAGGUUCUGCGCUGCGUCUGCUUCUUCUGCUCCAAGCUGCUGGUGGACUCGAACAACCCGAAGAUCAAAGACAUCCUUGGAAAGUCGAAAGGGCAGCCCAAGAAGCGGCUGACCCAUGUCUACGACCUGUGCAAGGGCAAGAACAUCUGCGAGGGCGGGGAGGAGAUGGACAACAAGUUUGGCGUGGAGCAGCCAGAAGGAGACGAGGACCUGACCAAGGAGAAGGGCCACGGGGGCUGCGGCCGGUACCAGCCGCGCAUCCGACGCACUGGCCUGGAGCUCUAUGCCGAAUGGAAACACGUCAAUGAGGAUUCGCAGGAGAAGAAGAUCCUGCUUAGCCCAGAGCGGGUGCACGAGAUUUUCAAGCGCAUCUCGGACGAGGAGUGUUUCAUUCUUGGCAUGGAGCCCAAGUUUGCCCGGCCUGAGUGGAUGAUCUGCACUGUCCUGCCCGUGCCCCCACUCUCUGUCCGUCCAGCCGUAGUAAUGCAGGGCUCUGCCAGGAACCAGGAUGACUUGACCCACAAGCUGGCUGAUGUCGUGAAGAUCAACAACCAGCUGAGGCGCAAUGAGCAGAACGGGGCAGCUGCCCAUGUCAUUGCUGAGGAUGUGAAGCUGCUGCAGUUCCAUGUGGCCACUAUGGUGGACAAUGAGUUGCCUGGCCUGCCCCGGCUGCCAGCACAACCCUAUGUGGAGCACCCCCUCAAGUCCCUGAAGCAGCGGCUGAAGGGGAAAGAGGGGCGUGUGCGGGGAAACCUGAUGGGGAAGCGGGUGGAUUUCUCCGCCCGGACGGUCAUCACUCCAGACCCCAACCUCUCCAUCGACCAGGUGGGGGUACCCCGCUCCAUAGCUGCCAACAUGACAUUUGCCGAGAUAGUGACACCCUUCAACAUAGACAGGCUGCAGGAACUGGUGCGCAGGGGCAACAGCCAGUACCCGGGGGCGAAGUACAUCAUCCGAGACAACGGCGACCGCAUUGACCUGCGCUUCCAUCCCAAGCCCAGUGACCUGCACCUGCAGAUCGGCUACAAGGUGGAGCGGCACAUGUGUGAUGGAGACAUCGUCAUCUUCAACCGCCAGCCCACGCUGCACAAGAUGUCCAUGAUGGGCCAUCGAGUGCGGAUCCUGCCCUGGUCCACCUUUCGCCUCAAUCUCAGUGUGACCACCCCGUACAACGCUGACUUUGAUGGGGAUGAGAAGCCCCUGCCCCUGCCUCAGUCGCUGGAGACGCGGGCGGAGAUCCAGGAGCUCGCCAUGGUGCCCCGGAUGAUUGUCACGCCCCAGUCCAACCGGCCAGUCAUGGGCAUCGUGCAGGACACGCUCACAGCUGUCCGCAAGUUCACCAAACGGGACGUCUUCUUGGAGAGGGGCGAGGUGAUGAACUUGCUCAUGUUCCUGUCCACGUGGGAUGGGAAGGUGCCGCAGCCAGCCAUCCUCAAGCCCCGCCCACUCUGGACAGGCAAACAGAUUUUCUCCCUCAUCAUUCCGGGGCACAUCAACUGCAUCCGCACACACAGCACCCACCCCGACGAUGAGGACAGUGGGCCCUACAAGCACAUCUCUCCCGGCGACACCAAGGUGAUCGUAGAGAAUGGCGAGCUCAUCAUGGGCAUCCUCUGCAAGAAAUCACUGGGCACCUCGGCUGGCUCCCUGGUGCACAUCUCCUAUCUGGAGAUGGGACAUGACACAACCCGCCUCUUCUACAGCAACAUCCAGACUGUCAUCAACAACUGGCUGCUCAUUGAGGGUCACACCAUUGGCAUUGGGGACUCCAUCGCUGAUGCCAAGACCUACCAGGACAUUCAAAACACCAUCAAGAAAGCCAAGCAGGACGUCAUAGAGGUGAUUGAGAAGGCUCACAACAAUGAGCUAGAGCCCACGCCAGGCAACACGCUGCGGCAAACCUUCGAGAACCAGGUGAACCGCAUCCUGAAUGAUGCCCGUGACAAGACUGGCUCCUCCGCCCAGAAGUCCCUGUCAGAGUACAACAAUUUCAAGUCCAUGGUGGUGUCGGGCGCCAAGGGCUCUAAGAUCAACAUCUCCCAGGUCAUUGCUGUGGUGGGGCAGCAGAACGUGGAGGGGAAGCGGAUCCCAUUUGGCUUCAAGCACCGCACGCUGCCCCAUUUCAUCAAGGACGACUACGGGCCUGAGAGCCGGGGCUUCGUGGAGAAUUCCUACCUGGCUGGCCUGACACCCACCGAGUUCUUCUUCCACGCCAUGGGUGGGCGUGAGGGUCUCAUUGAUACAGCCGUCAAGACAGCCGAGACGGGGUACAUCCAGCGGCGGUUGAUCAAGUCCAUGGAGUCUGUGAUGGUGAAGUACGACGCCACAGUGCGCAACUCUAUCAACCAGGUGGUGCAGCUGCGUUACGGCGAGGACGGACUGGCGGGAGAGAGUGUGGAGUUCCAGAACCUCGCCACGCUCAAGCCCUCUAAUAAGGCCUUUGAGAAGAAGUUCAAGUUUGACUACACGAACGAGCGGGCGCUGCGGCGCACCCUGCAGGAGGAGAUGGUGAAGGACAUCCUGAGCAAUGCCCACAUCCAGAAUGAGCUGGAGAGGGAAUUUGAAAAGAUGCGGGAGGACCGUGAGGUGCUGAGGGUCAUCUUCCCCACUGGAGACAGCAAGGUGGUGUUGCCCUGCAACUUGCUUCGCAUGAUCUGGAACGCCCAAAAGAUCUUCCACAUCAAUGCGCGCCUGCCCUCUGACCUGCACCCCAUCAAGGUGGUGGAAGGUGUGAAGGAGCUGAGCAAGAGGCUGGUGAUCGUGAAUGGGGAUGACCCGCUGAGCCGGCAGGCACAGGAGAACGCCACCCUGCUCUUCAACAUCCACCUGCGCUCCACCCUCUGCAGCCGGCGCAUGGUGGAGGAGUUCCGCCUCAGCGGGGAAGCCUUCGACUGGCUGCUGGGCGAGAUCGAAUCCAAGUUCAACCAGGCCAUUGCUCACCCGGGCGAGAUGGUGGGUGCCUUGGCGGCCCAGUCGCUGGGUGAACCCGCCACCCAAAUGACUCUGAACACUUUCCACUACGCUGGUGUCUCGGCCAAGAAUGUCACACUGGGUGUUCCCCGCCUCAAAGAACUGAUCAACAUCUCCAAGAAACCCAAGACUCCCUCCCUCACAGUCUUCCUGCUGGGGCAGUCCGCCCGCGAUGCUGAGCGGGCCAAGGAUAUUCUGUGCCGGUUGGAGCACACAACGCUGCGCAAGGUGACAGCCAACACAGCCAUCUACUACGACCCCAACCCUCAGAGCACUGUGGUGGCGGAAGACCAGGAGUGGGUGAAUGUCUACUACGAGAUGCCCGACUUCGAUGUCAGCCGCAUCUCGCCCUGGCUGCUCCGUGUCGAGCUCGACCGCAAGCACAUGACCGACCGCAAGCUCACCAUGGAGCAGAUUGCUGAGAAGAUUAAUGCGGGCUUUGGUGACGACUUGAACUGCAUCUUCAAUGACGACAAUGCAGAGAAGCUGGUGCUGCGGAUCCGCAUCAUGAACAGCGAUGAGAACAAGAUGCAGGAGGAGGAGGAGGUGGUGGACAAGAUGGAUGAUGACGUGUUCCUUCGCUGCAUCGAGUCCAACAUGCUGACGGACAUGACUCUGCAGGGCAUCGAGCAAAUCAGCAAGGUGUACAUGCACCUGCCGCAGACAGAUAACAAGAAGAAGAUCAUUAUCACUGAGGACGGGGAGUUCAAGGCCCUGCAGGAGUGGAUCCUGGAAACAGACGGGGUUAGCCUCAUGCGCGUGCUGAGCGAGAAAGAUGUGGACCCCGUGCGCACCACCUCCAAUGACAUCGUGGAGAUCUUCACCGUGCUGGGUAUCGAGGCAGUGCGCAAGGCCCUGGAGCGGGAGCUCUACCACGUCAUCUCCUUCGACGGCUCCUACGUCAACUACCGCCACUUGGCGCUGCUGUGCGACAUCACCCGGCACGGGGUCAACCGCCAGGAUACCGGGCCCCUCAUGAAGUGUUCCUUCGAGGAGACGGUGGAUGUGCUGAUGGAGGCAGCAGCCCAUGGGGAGAGCGACCCCAUGAAGGGGGUGUCGGAGAACAUCAUGCUGGGGCAGCUGGCCCCCGCCGGCACAGGCUGUUUUGACUUGCUGCUGGAUGCUGAGAAGUGCAAAUAUGGCAUGGAGAUCCCCACCAAUAUCCCGGGACUGGGCGUGGGCGUCCCCACCGGCAUGUUCUUCGGCUCUGCCCCCAGCCCCAUGGGGGGGAUGUCGCCUGCCAUGACCCCCUGGAACCAGGGCGCCACCCCAGCCUAUGGAGCCUGGUCCCCAAGUGUUGGAAGCGGCAUGACACCUGGUGCUGCAGGUUUCUCUCCCAGUGCUGCCUCUGAUGCCAGUGGCUUCAGCCCUGGCUAUUCCCCAGCGUGGUCUCCCACUCCUGGCUCUCCCGGCUCCCCAGGGCCCUCCAGCCCCUAUGUACCAUCACCAGGUGGGGCCAUGUCCCCCAGCUACUCCCCGACAUCACCAGCUUAUGAGCCCCGAUCACCUGGAGGUUAUACACCCCAGAGUCCCAGCUACAGCCCUACGUCCCCCUCGUACAGCCCUACGUCGCCCUCCUACUCCCCCACCAGCCCCAACUACAGUCCAACCAGUCCCAGCUAUAGUCCAACGUCUCCUAGUUACAGCCCAACCAGUCCCAGCUACAGCCCCACAUCACCUAGUUAUAGCCCAACCAGUCCCAGCUACAGUCCAACAUCUCCUAGUUACAGUCCGACCAGUCCUAGCUACAGCCCCACAUCACCAAGCUAUAGUCCGACCAGUCCCAGCUACAGCCCCACAUCACCAAGCUACAGUCCAACCAGUCCCAGCUACAGUCCCACAUCGCCUAGUUACAGCCCCACUAGCCCAAGCUACAGCCCAACAUCACCUAGCUACAGUCCCACCUCUCCCAGCUACAGCCCAACCAGCCCCAACUACAGCCCGACUUCUCCCAACUAUACCCCUACCAGCCCUAGCUACAGCCCAACAUCUCCUAGCUACAGCCCCACCAGUCCAAACUAUACCCCAACCUCACCAAACUAUAGCCCCACCUCUCCUAGCUACAGCCCAACCAGUCCCAGCUACAGCCCGACGUCUCCUAGCUACUCGCCAUCCAGCCCACGCUACACCCCACAGUCACCUACCUACACCCCCAGUUCUCCCAGCUACAGCCCCAGCAGCCCCAGCUACAGCCCGACCAGUCCCAAGUAUACCCCAACCAGCCCCUCCUAUAGCCCCAGCUCGCCGGAGUACACCCCGACCUCCCCCAAGUACAGUCCGACCUCCCCCAAGUACAGUCCGACCUCCCCCAAGUAUAGCCCGACCUCACCAACCUACAGCCCCACCACCCCCAAGUACAGUCCAACCUCGCCAACCUACUCCCCAACCUCCCCCGUACCGACCAGCCCCACCUACAGCCCCACCUCCCCCAAAUAUAGCCCCACCUCCCCCACCUACAGCCCCACCUCACCGAAGGGCUCGACUUACUCCCCAACUUCGCCUGGCUAUAGCCCCACCUCGCCGACCUACAGCCUCACCAGUCCAGCCAUCAGCCCUGAUGACAGUGAUGAAGACAACUGAGCUGGCCAGGAGAGGACACUAUUUCUGGCCCCGACAUCACCCUUGUCCUUGCAGGGGGAGGGGGGAGUGGGCAGGUAGGAGUCUGAUGUCUCUUUGCGGGGACAGUCACCUCUGGAAAUCCAGGGGCCAGGAGUAUCUCAUCUCCAUUGGGGUAGGCUAGGGGGCUUGUGUCCCUUUAAUUCCUUGUGGGGUAGUACAAGGGGGGCAAAAAUAUGGGGGUAUGUGGAUUUGUGACACCCCCCCCCCCCCUCCAACCAGGGCUGAAUUGUGCCUCCUGUUUUAAUUCUCUUUGUACAUACAUUUAGACUACCUAGUGGCAGGGGCAGAGUUUUGCUGCAAUUUGGGGGCC